AUGGUAAAAAAGUGUUGCGUUUAUACUUGUUCAAGUCAAUCAUAUAGUGGUUGCAAUGUAUCGUUUCACAGUUUCCCACGAAAUGAAGAAAUGCGACAAAAAUGGCUCAGCAGUAUACGCGUGAAGCAAAAUAUUACAAAAAAUUCUGUCGUAUGCAGUCGUCACUUCAAAACUUCCUGCUUUUAUCCUGCUAAUUCCCGUCAAUUAUUAAAAGCCGAUGCUAUACCAACUAUUUCUCCCGUGGUCAAAAAUAAAAAAAUAGAAGUUCUCAGUGAUAUAUUGCUGCAACAACCACACACAGUCACCUCUGAAGAGGAAAUCUUACAUCCUGCUACCUCUUUGGAAAUACCUGUUAUAGCUGGGACAAGUUCAAGCAAUAUAGAAGAACCUCCAAGGAAGAAGCUCUGUUCAAACGUAAAGGAAGUUGGUGUUCAAACUGUAUCUAUUAAAUGUAUUAGCCCCGUAAAAGAUGUUUUAAAGAAAAAGGUAAAAGUUUUGUCACAAAGGCUAAAUAGGCGUAAUAAAAAAAUUAAAAACUUACAAUCGCUUUUACUAUUACUCAAGAAAAAGUGUAACAAUUUUGAAGAGGUAGAACAAAAUAUUAAAAAUAAUUUUAGCAACAUCCAUACUCUACUGAAUACAGAUAAAAGCAACAAAGGUCAAAGAUAUCCCGAUGAAGUAAAAAAAAUUGCUUUGUCUUUAUACUUUUAUUCGUCAAAAGCGUAUUUAUUUCUUAGAAAUCAUAUUAGUUUGCCCCAUCCUGUAACUUUGCGUAAAAUGCUUGCCACUCAUGAAUGUAACGUUGGCUUUAUAUCGGAAGUUUUUGAAUAUUUAAAACUAUCAGUUACAGAACAUGAUCUGCAAAAUGUAGCAUUAAUAUAUGAUGCAAUGUCAAUAAAGUCUGAAGAGGUCUACGAAAAGUACAAAGACAAAAAGUGGGGGUAUGUCGAUUUGGCUGGCAUUAUCACUGAGAGCCAGUCCACACGGCGCGUUGCGUCAGCGUUGCGUCGACGCAGCGCUACCACUGCGUUGUUUUACAUACAAAUAACCAAGGUGUUCACACGGCGCGCUGCGUCGUCGCAACGCACACAUGACGGACAGCAGCCCCCGAGACGAAGCGGGAGGGGGUGUACUCGUGCGACGUCGGAGCGUCAGCGCUCAGUUGCUUGUGCGUUGACAGAGAGGAUACACGGAAGCUCAUUUCGUUUUACGUUUACGUUUUUGUAUUUAGUUUUAUUUGCAGGG